GUAAAUGACAAGAGCCACGUGACCUUUUCUGAUUGACAUUUGUGAUUUUUUUUAUAUAAAUUUGUUUUUCAAAGAAUGGAAAGUUUUUUUAAAUUAAUUUAGCAAUUUCAAAAAUCAGAUUGAUUCUUAAGUGGAAUAUAAAUUAAAACGUUUAGUAGUUCAAUCAUAACUAUACCUACUCUAGUCAAACAAGUGAAUAUUUGCUGCUAAAAUAUUUGCAAAACAUGUCAAAUGAGCAAAUAAAAUAUUCCAAUGCAAUAUCAAACGUUCCUAGCACAGGUAAGUUGCAUUAAAAAAAAUCUGUUAUAUUUAAGUAGAACGUUAACCUCUACAGAAGAUGAUGAUAGUAGAGCUUCAGCAUCAAUAAGCUACAGGGAAAGGAGACGAGAAGCACACACACAGGCUGAACAAAAACGUAGGGAUGCCAUCAAAAAAGGAUACGAUACAUUACAAGAGUUAGUGCCCACUUGCCAACAAACUGAUAUAUCAGGAUACAAGUUAAGUAAAGCAACAGUACUACAAAGGUCUAUUGAGUACAUCCAGUAUCUACAACUUCAGAAAAAGAAACAGGUAGAUGAAAGAAAUGCCUUAAGAAAAGAAGUAGUUGCUUUAGGGAUAAUGCAAAGGAAUUAUGAACAAAUUGUAAAGGCUCAACAAACCCAACCUGGUCAGGCUGAUACUAGGGUAUCAGAUGAAGUGAAAUUCUCAGUGUUUCAGGUUAUAAUGGACACUCUAUUUGAGACAUUUGGAUCCAUAUCAUCAAGCAACUUCUCUGAAUUAUCUGCAGGUGUAUUUAGUUGGCUUGAAGAAUGCUGUAAACCUCAAACCUUGAAGGAUACGGUUUUUCAAGUUUUGCACAGACACAGCACACAAAUGAGGAGAUAGCAUUCAACCUUUUAUAAAUUGCAAAAUUUGUUUUGUUGGGGUUUGUCAAUAUGGUUAGUGUUCAUAAAUUUUGUUGCAUUUAUUGGAUUAAAGACUACUGCUGGGUGAUAUCAAGAAAUAAGAAGCUCCUAACAUGGGCGCCUGCAGACAUUUUUCUAAGGGGAGAGGGGCAAUCAUAGGCAAAAAAUAGCUUAUUGAAAGUGUGCCAGAAUUUUUUGAAGAUCUGCCCCCAGAUCCUAAAAAUCCCCAAAAUUGUACAUAACAUCAUGCUAAACAUGCAAAUAAGGCCCAACAGGAUUCUGGCACUAUCCUGUGGGCACCCAUUGCUGCUAAUAGCAAUAGUGUUAACUAUUUUCAGUUUACAAUAUUAACUUUGGGUAUAUUUUUUAAGGAUCAAUACAAUAAUGUUACUGUUUUCAACCAAAAAUAUGUUAGUUCUGUAAAAUAGGUCUAAUAACUUGUAAAUAUUGUUGUUUGCUAUGAUUAAAUUGAAAUUAUAAAAUA